AACAGUCUCCGCCUCUCGUUUUGUCCGUUCACACUGAACACGGAAGUGAAACUGGGACUCACAGUUUAGUUUUUUUUAUCGAGAUAUUUUUUAUUAAUGUGCAAGUACAACUCCCAGUCAUAUAAACACAGACGCUUUAGUGCUGAAAUCAACGGGACAAUAUGGAGAACGGGUUAUCCUCGACUGGUGACAGUAAAUUGGAUCAAGCCAUUAACCAGUGGUUGCAGUUUGACAAGAACCCCCAGACAGUGGCGUUGGUGCAGGGCCUGGUGGAGGACGGGGCGGUUGAGGAGCUGCGAAGGUGUUUUGGAUCUAGGAUGGAGUUUGGGACGGCUGGCCUCAGAGCUGCCAUGGGACCAGGGAUCUCCUGUAUGAACGACCUCACCAUCAUACAGACCACACAGGGGUUCUGUAAGUAUCUGGAGCACUGUUUUGGGGAGGGUCUGAAGGAGAGGGGUGUGGUGGUAGGGUUUGAUGCCCGCGCCCACCCUCCCAGUGGAGGCAGCAGUAAACGUUUUGCCAGCCUGGCGGCCGCUGUGUUCAUCGGCCGGGGAGUCCCCGUCCACCUGUUCUGUGACAUCACACCCACACCCUUCGUGCCCUUCGCUGUGUCUCAUCUGGGUCUGUGUGCUGGCGUCAUGGUAACCGCCUCCCACAACCCCAAACAGGACAACGGCUACAAGGUGUACUGGGAGAACGGAGCCCAGAUCGUGCCUCCCCAUGAUAAGGGUAUCUCUGUAGCCAUCGAGGCUAACCUGGAGCCCUGGCCUGAGUCCUGGGACAUCACCUGUCUCUCUCACAGCCCUCUGCUGAAGGACCCGUACCAAAACAUUCACACAGAGUACUACCGGACCAUCCAGCAGCACUGUCACCACAGGGACAUCAACAAGAGUUCAGAGGUGAAGAUCGUCCACACUUCCGUGCACGGAGUCGGACACGCCUUCGUCCAAUCGGCUUUCAAGGCCUUUGACCUCCGACCCCCGUACGCCGUAGAGGAGCAGAAAGACCCCGACCCUGAGUUCCCCACCGUCAAAUACCCCAACCCCGAGGAAGGAAAGGGGGUCCUGACCCUGUCGUUUGCCCUGGCGGAGAGGGAGGGAGCUACUGUCGUUCUGGCCAACGACCCUGAUGCUGAUCGACUGGCCGUUGCUGAGAAACAGAAGGGUGGUCAGUGGCGUGUGUUCAGCGGUAAUGAGUUGGGGGCGUUGCUGGGCUGGUGGGUCUAUGGGUGUUGGAUACAGACCAGCCCAGACCAGUCGACCGUGAAGUCAGUCUACAUGCUGUCCUCCACCGUCUCCUCUAAGAUUCUACGGGCCAUCGCUCUCAAGGAGGGCUUCCACUUUGAGGAAACUCUGACGGGGUUCAAGUGGAUGGGCAACAGAGCCAGAGAGCUGCUGGACCAGAACAAGAUGGUACUGUUCGCCUUCGAGGAGGCUAUAGGGUACAUGUGUGGUUCUGCUGUGCUGGAUAAAGAUGGAGUCAGCGCUGCAGCCAUCGCAGGGGAAAUGACAUCAUACCUGGCCGCGAAGAACACCACGCUGUCACAACAACUCACUGCUAUCUACGAGGAGUAUGGGUACCACAUCACUAAGAACUCCUACUUCAUCUGUCACGACCAGGAAGUGAUCCGGGCCAUGUUUGACCGGCUGCGUCACUACGGUAACCAGGAGGAAGUGUCGUACCCCAGGCAGUGUGGAGGCGUCGCCAUCACCGCUGUACGAGACCUCACUACUGGAUAUGACAGCAACCAGGCAGACAACAAGGCUGUCCUCCCCUCCUCCCCCAGUAGUCAGAUGAUAACCUUUAGUUUCUCUAACGGGGGCGUGGCCACCAUGAGGACCAGCGGAACGGAACCCAAGAUCAAAUACUACACUGAGCUGUGUGCUGCCCCCGGCAACAGUGAUGUUAAAGGUUUACAGAAGGAGUUGGAUGACCUGGUUAAUGCCAUCGUAGAGGACUUCUUCCAGCCCCAGAAGAAUAACCUGCUGUCCAAGCCUGAGUAACACAAAGACCAGCGCUGGUGUGACUUCCUGAUCAAGAUUCCCUUUCACACAUUCUUCUUCCAGAACUCACACACGCAUUCUAGAACUCACACACGCAUUCUAGACCUCUCACACGCAUUCUAGAACUCACACACGCAUUCUAGACCUCUCACACGCAUUCUAGAACUCACACACGCAUUCUAGACCUCUCACACGCAUUCUAGAACUCACACACGCAUUCUAGACCUCUCACACGCAUUCUAGAACUCACACACGCAUUCUAGACCUCUCACACGCAUUCUAGAACUCACACACGCAUUCUAGAACUCACACACGCAUUCUAGAACUCUCACACGCAUUCUAGACCUCUCACACGCAUUCUAGAACUCACACACGCAUUCUAGACCUCUCACACGCAUUCUAGACCUCUCACACGCAUUCUAGAACUCACACACGCACAUUCUAGAACUCACACACGCACAUUCUAGAACUCACACACGCAUUCUAGAACUCACACACGCACAUUCUAGAACUCACACACACACAUUCUAGAACUCACACACCGCAUUCUAGAACUCUCACACGCGUUCUAGAACUCACACACACACACAUUCUCCCUUUAAGAGUGUGCUCAUAAUCUCAGCUCGUUACCUGUAUAAAAGACACCUGGGAGCCAGAAUUCUUUCUGAUUGAGAGGGGGUCAAAUACUUAUUUCCCUCAUUAAAAUGCAAAUCAUUUUAUAACAUUUUUGACAUGUGUUCCAGGCCGACUACCAAGCCUGUGUCGUAGUCCUGUCAGAUUACGGGUGUGUUCCAGGCCGACUACCAAGCCUGUGUCGUAGUCCUGUCAGAUUACGGGUGUGUUCCAGGCCGACUACCAAGCCUGUGUCGUAGUCCUGUCAGAUUACGGGUGUGUUCCAGGCCGACUACCAAGCCUGUGUCGUAGUCCUGUCAGAUUACGGGUGUGUUCCAGGCCGACUACUAAUGCUGAGUGAUUUAAUACUUUCUGAUUUUCAGUUUCAAUUACUUAUUUUUUCAUUUUUUUUAUUUUUUUUACAUCAAAUGCCCUUUUGCAUUGUGUGUGUUGAACGCUGUAACACAUAAAAUCAACUAAUAAAACACAUUUUGUCGUUACAACGAGGAAAUAAAA